UUGUGUGCGGGCGGGCAGUGCGCAAACGCAGUGGGAGUUUUGUCAAGAUGGCGGCGGGGCCAGUGAGGAGGCAGAGCUGGGAGAUGCUGUGAAGCAGCCAGAGAGGCAGAGCACGGCCACACAGACAAGACAGCCGCCACCGGAGAGGGAGGGCCGACACAACGGAACAUUCGGGGACACGGAGUGAGAGGCGCUCAGCACACGCCGCCACACCCGGGGAGGCCGCCGGACAGUGCGGGACACAUGAGCCCGAGCAGUCCCCGGGAUCCACCGGCGGCGGAGGAAGAUACAGCCGGGAGCCCCUGAGGGCCGGGAGCGGGGCCACUGACGGCCCGGGCUCAGGAUGAAGUUCGCAGAGCAUUUGUCCGCUCACAUCACCCCGGAGUGGAGGAAGCAGUACAUCCAAUAUGAGGCUUUCAAGGAGAUGUUGUAUGCAGCCCAAGACCAGGCCCCAUCUAUUGAAGUUACUGAUGAAGACACUGUAAAACGAUAUUAUGCCAAGUUUGAAGAAAAAUUCUUCCAGACGUGUGAGAAAGAGCUUGCCAAAAUUAACACAUUUUAUUCAGAAAAGUUAGCAGAAGCUCAGCGACGUUCUGCCACGCUACAAAAUGAGUUGCAAUCCUCACUGGAUGCACAAAAGGAAAGCAGCCGGUUGCCAACCCUCAGGCAUCGUAGAAAAGCUGUAUUCACACUUUCGCAUGAGGAGCGGGUCCAGCACAGAAACAUCAGGGACCUAAAACUGGCAUUUAGCGAGUUCUAUCUCAGCCUAAUUCUGCUGCAGAACUAUCAGAAUCUGAACUUCACAGGGUUCCGCAAGAUCCUAAAGAAACAUGACAAGAUCCUGGAGACGAGCCGUGGUGCAGACUGGAGGGUGGCUCAUGUGGAGGUGGCACCAUUUUAUACCUGCAAGAAAAUUAAUCAGCUGAUAUCCGAGACUGAGGGUAUAGUGACGAAUGAAUUGGAAGAUGGGGACAGACAGAAAGCCAUGAAGCGCCUUCGUGUGCCACCCCUCGGAGCUGCACAGCCUGCUCCAGCCUGGACAACAUUCAGAGUGGGAUUGUAUUGCGGAAUAUUUAUUGUGUUAAACUGUGCGAUUGUGUAUACUGCUUACGAGAGGUAUAGCAUUACCCAGGUCUGGCCCUUAGUGCGCAUUUACAGGGGUGGUUUCCUGCUGGUGGAAUUCCUUUUUCUUCUGGGUAUCAAUACUUAUGGAUGGAGACAAGCUGGCGUCAAUCAUGUCCUCAUAUUUGAACUCAACCCUCGCAACAACCUCUCACAUCAGCAUCUCUUUGAGCUUGCAGGGUUCCUUGGCAUGUUGUGGUGCCUCAGUCUGUUCGCCUGUGUCUUUGGACAUCAUAUCUAUUUGCCAAUGCAGGUGAAUCCACUGGUUUUGUAUGGCUUCAUGCUGCUCUUUCUCGUCAACCCCACUAAGACCUUCUACUACAAGUCUCGAUUUUGGCUCCUUAAGUUAUUGUUCCGAGUGUUCACUGCCCCAUUCCAUAAGGUGGGCUUUGCAGACUUCUGGCUGGCCGACCAGCUCAACAGUCUUGCCGUGAUACUCAUGGACCUGGAGUUUAUGAUCUGCUUCUACAGCUUUGAGCUGGACUGGGAGAGUAACAACGGACUCAUCACUAAUGGGACUGGAAAGUGUAAUACAUAUUCCUAUGGGGUACGAGCUGUGGUUCAGUGUAUUCCAGCCUGGCUACGUUUCAUCCAGUGCCUGCGACGAUACCGAGACACUAAAAGAGCCUUUCCUCACCUGAUGAAUGCUGGCAAAUACUCCACUACUUUCUUCAUGGUCACCUUCGCUGCUCUCUACCAAACCCACAAAGCUCAGAAUCACUCGGAUGCUCAGGUGUUCUUCUACCUGUGGAUCAUUAGCUAUGUCAUCAGUUCAUUAUAUACUCUUAUCUGGGACUUGAAGAUGGACUGGGGGCUGUUUGACAAGAACGCCGGAGAGAAUACAUUCCUGCGAGAAGAGAUUGUGUAUCCUCAGAAGGCCUAUUAUUACUGUGCAAUCAUACAGGAUGUCAUUCUGCGCUUUGCAUGGACCAUACAGAUUUCUCUCACGACAUUAAACCUACAUAACAAUAUUUCAGAUAUAAUAUCCACUGUCUUUGCUCCGCUUGAAGUCUUCCGCCGCUUUGUGUGGAAUUUCUUCCGUCUGGAGAAUGAACACCUGAAUAACUGUGGUGAGUUCCGCGCCGUGCGCGACAUCUCUGUGGCACCAAUGAAUGCCGAUGACCAAACGCUGCUGGAGCAGAUGAUGGAUCAGGAGGACGGAGUGAAGAACCGAGCCAAAAGCAAGCCAUGGAAACGCAGCCAGAGUAUCUCUCUCCGCAUACCACGUUUAUCCUCCCAGAGCAAGGCUCGAGAUGCCAAGGUCCUGAUUGAUGACACUGAUGAUGAAGCCAACACAUGAGGCGCAAGCUACAUUUAAUGUUCACUUUCAUCGAUCGUCUUCACCAGGUUUUCAUCCCAACUCCAGGCUUCUUUAUGUCCAUUCACCAUACCCAUUCAUUACAGGGCUGGCCUUCUGUGCGCUUGCCAACCCCACAUUUGCCUGCCUCCCUCCAAAUCCAUGGACAGAUGUAAACACAGAAGCCAAGGAACGACCUCUACACCCAAGGCUGCUAAGAUGGAAACAGACUCAUAACAUAAAUGGGUGAUCAAAAUCUCCCUCUGCUGAUUUUUGUCCAACCUUUCUGCUUGCCUGACCUCAGACAGACUUAAUUUAAUUGAUUUCUGAUGCUGUGACGGCACAUACAACACCCUGUGCUGGGUUUGUUUUACUCGCAGCUGAUUUUUUUUUUUUCUUACGUUUUCUCUUUUCUUUGCCCUUACCUUGACAUCCCCAUUCAUGUGUUUCUUUGCAGAGCAUCAUGGACAUUUUCUGUUCCCACCCCCCAGCAGUGCUGGAAGGGGUCCCAAUGAAAAAGGGGCUGGGGGAGUGACCGAGCUUUGAGAGAUUAACUUUCCUUCAUUUAAACCUUCGUCGAUUUUCAUUAUUUUAAACCAAAGUUUUGUUUUCUCCUGCACCAUCCUAUCUUCUCUAUAAUCUCUCUUAUUUUCUUGCUGGAUGUGUUCAACUCUCUAAACUCAUCUGGUGGUGUGCAGCCACUUCAUAAUCUGACAGAAGCCAGUCCUGCCAAGGGCCUGUAUUCUGCUCUUUGUAAGAGCUGAGCACUCCCUUUCAUAGCCUCAAUAGCCUGCACUGGGAGAGCUGUGCCUAACCAUUUCACUACUGAGUACAGGAAGCCAGGAGGUUAAAUGGUUCACAGAUCUCCCACAGCAGAGUCGGUGAAGUUAAAGCGUUCCUCUUUUACUGCCAGAUAAGACAUGUCAACGUUGCACGUUGAGGUGCAAUGUAUGUCUCAAGUAUUCUCUAUGACUUCUGUGAGAGCAGGCUCAUACACGGCUGUCAGCUGUCUCAUUGCUGCCUUUCUGGGUUCUACCCACAUUUGCCAGCAGACCUUCCCACAAGGGCUGACAAUAGGGAAACAGUCUUAAUACCCCUCCCUCCAUACCCAGCACUGCAGUAGAUGCACAAUGCAGUAAUUGGGAAGGGGGCAGCACAGUACGAACGUCAUUCAUUCUCAAAAGACAAUGUUGGCUGUAAAGAGUCCAUCCUCACCUUCUCCAUGAGACAGGUCUAGAUGUAUAACGGAGCUGCCCCCUCUCUCACACAUCUGUCUGCUUUCUCCAGUUAGUGCAAGGACAAUCUUUUGAAAUAGACCUCUGCUUGGUGACAACUUACCUCUACAAGAGUCUGCCUCUCUCAGCACCUCCCCAGCUCGAGUUCUGUGAUGGGCAUGAAUCAAGGGGCCAUGCUGAGAGAUCCUGAGGUUUGUGACCGCUGCUUUGUCUUCGCUGUUGCUGUACAUGUGCAUUGCUGUUCAGCUUAGCUUCUCGUUUGUGUGCAUGCUUUGUUCCUUCCU